AAUGGGAGGGCUCUUCGAUAUCUUCCUCCUCCUCCUCCCUGCACUGCUCCCCAGGAGCAGGUGGACACAAGCAGAGGGAUACAAAUUUCGCGCGGGCAGCGCUGAGGUGGGUCGUAAAGAGGAACGGACCGGAAGUGAUGGUUGUCAUAGCCACCAAUGUGGCCAGGCUCUUCCCAAGCUUAUCCUCCUCCCAAUACUCCCGCUCUGUUUUUAUGAGGCCGGGAAAAUAGAACGAGGAAGUGGUGACGCACUGGGCGCUCACGAAUACAACCAAAAGCUACAACAACUGUGUGGCCCUAUGGAUUCGGGAGAGGUCCAGACCGGAAAUGGCCGUUUCCAUGGUAACCCUGAGCCGGUUGCCUGGGAGAUGACCUCUUUCGGGUCUCUCUGAAUCUGCUGUAGCGUCACCUCGAAGGCAGAUCUAACAGAGAUCCUGGACUGUCUCCUAUCAUGAUUCCCGGGAAAUAUCGCUCUGUUUCUGGCCGGGCUGCGAACAACGUGAACUGUGGGCUUCAUCUGGUUAUUCAAACAUCAUCGCUUCCUGAAAAAAACAAAGUUGAAUUCAAGCUAAAUAAAGACACAUCGUCAUUCCCCGGUAGACUUUCACAACAUGACCUUGAAAGAAACUACUCAAGUAGGCAAGGUGAUCAUAUUAAUUUGGUGAGCUCAUCAUUGUCAUCAUUUCCUAUUCUUCAACGUUCCUCUGAAGAGAAAAUUCUUUACUCAGACAGGUUGAGCCUAGAAAGACAAAAGCUGACCGUAUGUCCUAUCAUCAAUGGGGAAGACCACCUUCGUUUGUUGAACUUUCAACACAAUUUUAUAACUCGGAUACAAAAUAUUUCUAAUCUACAGAAGUUAAUAUCCUUGGAUUUAUAUGAUAACCAGAUUGAAGAAAUCAGUGGGCUUUCUACUCUGAGAUGCCUUCGUGUCCUUCUGUUGGGGAAAAACAGAAUCAAGAAAAUCUCAAAUCUGGAGAAUCUAAAAAGCUUAGAUGUCUUGGAUCUUCAUGGAAAUCAGAUUACCAAAAUUGAAAAUAUUAAUCAUUUGUGUGAGUUGAGAGUUUUAAAUCUUGCUAGGAACUUUUUAAGUCAUGUUGAUAAUCUUAAUGGGCUGGAUUCACUAACUGAACUGAACUUGCGACACAAUCAAAUCACUUUCGUGAGAGAUGUGGAUAAUUUGCCCUGCCUCCAACAUCUCUUUCUCAGCUUCAACAAUAUAUCUAGUUUUGACAGUGUUUCCUGCCUUGCUGACUCUUCUUCCCUCUCUGACAUCACCUUUGAUGGCAAUCCCAUAGCUCAAGAGUCAUGGUACAAACACACUGUCCUUCAGAAUAUGAUGCAGCUGCGCCAGCUAGAUAUGAAGAGAAUCACGGAAGAAGAAAGGCGUAUGGCAUCUGUUUUAGCCAAAAAAGAGGAAGAGAAGAAGCGGGAAAGUCAUAAACAAUCUUUGCUUAAGGAGAAGAAAAGGUUAACAAUUAACAACGUAGCUCGACAGUGGGACUUGCAACAACAACGAGUAGCCAGUAUUGCUACAGAUGAAGAUAGAAAAGAUUCUGACUCUGCUCAGGAUCCCUGUCAGAUUGAUGGAAGCACCCUCUCUGCAUUCCCAGAGGAAACAGGGCCUCUAGACUCAGGACUGAACAAUGCUUUACAAGGUUUAUCUGUCGUAGACACAUACCUUGUUGAAGUGGACGGGGAUACACUUUCCCUAUAUGGCUCAGGAGCACUGGAAUCUCUGGAUAGGAAUUGGAGUGUUCAGACGGCAGGAAUGAUCACAACUGUCUCCUUCACUUUCAUAGAAUUUGAUGAAAUCGUCCAUGUGCUUCCUAAACUGAAGAUUAAGUUUCCUAAUUCUCUGCACCUUAAAUUCAAGGAAACAAAUCUUGUAAUGCUGCAGCAAUUUAAUGCACUAGCACAACUCCGUCGUAUUGACCAGUUGACAAUUGAUCCUCAAGGAAAUCCAGUUGUCAAUUUUACACUCUGGAAAUAUUAUGUACUGUUUAGGUUAAGCCAUUUUAGUAUGCAGAAAAUAAAUGGAACAGAGGUGACACAAAAUGAUAUGAUAAUGGCUGAAAGGCUCUUUGGAAUCCUAGCACAUGUAGCGUCUUCUGAGUUACCCCAGUAUCGUCUGAUUUCCAUUCUGGGUGAUGCCAGGAAAAAGCAAUUUCGGUAUCUGCUAGAAUCCAAAGGAAAAAAACCUGGUAUUAUCAACGAAGAAAAUAAUGACAGCAAAAGACCUGUAGGAGAAAACACAAAUCGUGCUACAUUAAAUUAUACUACAAGAGAAUUUUAUAAUGAAAAGCUGGAGGAAAUAAAGGAAAAGAAGAAAUUCUGUAAAACGUAUAUAGAAGACCUUGUGAAGGAAGCCACAGAAAUCAACAUGAAAAAUGAGGCUUUGCAGAAGCUUUGGCCACAGAUGUUCAUUGAGCUUGUUAGGGAUGCAGUUAUAGAAAUUCGCAAUAAAAAUUCCUAUAUGAAGCUCUGCCUACAGCAGAUAACAGACCAAAAAUAAAGAUGGCCUUUAGUUACAGUUGAUUUUGGCAGUUUUAUUUUUUGAAGGUUGAAAAUAUGCAGGUUAUACACGUUAAAACAACACUAUCCUAUAAACUAGAAAGACUAGUAUUAAAGCAUUAUUGCCCACUGUUCUCAUAGUUAAAAGUUAAGAAGGAAAUAAGGAGAAAGGAAGGAUUAAUUUCCUGUAUGUGAUGACCAAACAACCUCUGGGAGCUAAGCAGUUUUCAGAGCUGGCGUGGCACUGCAUCCUUGGUUCUUGCUUUGAUUGGUGCCCUGCUACAGCCCAAAGCACGUAGUAUUUGCUGAUAAUUCAGCAUGAGCUGCAUCUACCUACUUUUAGCUGAUAAUUUUCAGUUAUUUCCCUUUUUAUUUUAUGUCAUGAUUUCAAAACCAAAAAUAUGUUCUUUUUAUGAGUGAAGAAUAAACUUACUAAUAAAUUAGUAAAAAUAAAGUAUGUUUGCCUC